AAUGAACCACCACUUGUUCCAUAUAAGUACCCAAUAAUCGGACAUACAUUUGAAUAUUAUAAAGAUGUUUUGGGGUUUCUAAAAAAAUGUCAUGAAGAGCAUGGUGAUAUCUUUUCACUUUACAUCUGGGGGACCAUUCAAACUUAUGUUGGAAAUGAAAAUUACAGCGAAAUAUUUAAAAAUCAUCAUAAUUUUGAUUUUCAUGAAGCUCUCAAUGAUACAUUUCCGAUAGCUAAUAUUCUUAAUCGUCCUGAUGAUUAUUUUAAAGAUUUCAAAAAAUUUACAAAAGAAUUUUUACAUGAUUUGGACAAAUAUUCAGAAAGCGUAUACCAUAAAAUUAUUAAAUCAAUUGACGAAAUUCUUGUCGAAGGAAAAGUAAUUCGACCUCCCAUAAACACGAUUCAACAAAUAAUUGCAAGACCAAUUGCAAAUAUAAUUAUUGGUGUGGAAUUAUGUGAUGAUAAAGAAUUACUCAAUACAUUUGUGAGCUUAACGGCAGAUAUAGGUCUUUGGUUAUCAAUUCCUCCCGCUCUUAAUUUUAUUUAUUUCAACUUACAUAGAAAAUUUAUUAUGUUCAAAUUCCGUUAUCUAAACAAUCCAAUAAAAAUUCACCGAAAUGUCAUUCUUACAAAAAUUACUCCCGUCAUUAAUCAACGAAUAUCUGACAAAAAUAAUCUAAGAGAUUCUUGGAAACGUCCAAUCGAUAUAAUGCAAGAAUUAAUGGACAAAUUUAUGGUUGAUGAGAAGAGUGUUGAUAUUGAAAGUGUCGCGGAUUUUAUUAUGAUUUUUAUAUUUUCUAGUGUACACUCAACUUCAUUGACUUUUACACAAUGUUUAUUUGAUUAUGUAAAUAAUCAUGAAUAUCAUAAAGAAUUAUUAGAGGAAGCCGAAAAAAUAUAUGAUGAUGAUAAACUUUUACUUCAUUAUACAAUUAGUAAAUCAGAUAAAAUGGAAAGAUUAGAUCACUUUAUUAAAGAGUCAUUUAGGAUUAAUAGAAUGCCAGUUUCGUUUCCUCAUAAAACUGUUUCUUCGCAAUUUACCUUUGCAAAUGGAUUUCAAGUACCAAAAGGUCGUGUUGUUCAAAUAAUUACCCAACAAAUUUAUUAUGAUCAAAAGGCUUUUGGUUCCGAUCCUGAAAAAUUUAAUCCGAAUCAUCAUGUAAAAUCUCCUGUUACGCGCCCAGAACGUAAUUUUAUUGCAUUUGGAACAGGUAAAUUAUUAUGUCCCGGACGUUUUUUUGCCAUUUAUGAAAUCAAAGUUGCGAUGCAUUAUAUAUUAUUGAAAUAUAAUGUUAAAAGUGUUAGUGGUAAACAUGUAAAACCUAAAAGAAUUGGUGAUUAUAUUCUUCCUAGUGAUGAAGGAUUGAUCUUUGAAAAAAAAAGGAAUGAUAAAGAUUUUCGAAAUAUAAAGUGUAAAUAA